UUAAUCACCUCUGGGAUUUUUUAUUUUUUCUUAAACAAACCAAAAACCACUGAAAAUUUAGAAAAAAAACCCGUUUUUUUCUUAGUUUUUGUUAUAAAAUUCUGUAAAUUAGGCGAUUUUUCUCCUUCACUGAUGUGCGCUAAUGAGGUUGCACUGAUGGACACUGAUGAGGAGGCACUGGUGGCACUGGUAGGCGGCACUGACUGGCACUGAUAGGUUGCACUGAUUGGCAGCACUGAUUGGCAUUGAUAGG